AUGGAGGACAUGGCGAGGUCCGACUAUCCCGCCAUGCUGGCCCAUUUGCAGCCUGGUCAGGCGGUUCAGACCCUCAACGAUCGGGUGAAGCGCAUCAACAAGGUCAAUCUCGAAAUUGCCGACUGGCUUCAGGCUCGCACAGAGCAGAACCCCGAAUUCACAGUCCGAACUCGGGUACGUCAUCACCUUUGCUUGUUGGCCACAACAUCCGACCCUGUCCUAUCACUAAGCCGUAUUGCGACACCUCCCAAAGCUUGCUUCACCACUAACCUCGCUCUUUUCAGUGUCUUCCAAGUUCCCUGGACUCGAAUUGUUGACGCCAUCGAGCGCAUUGCCCAGUCACACCACGUCUUCGCCGAAAGGCUCGAGAGCGAUGUCGAGCAUCCCUUGCGCUUGUAUCAGCAGCGGCGAGACUACCAAAACAUGCAUAACAUAUCCAGCAACUUGACGGCAAUGGCGAGAGACCUCGAAGGUGCCCAAGACAAGUCGGAUAAACUAAACAGGAAGGGCGCCAAGGCCAGCAGCCAAAAGGUUGAUGAGGCUUCGGCCAAGCUAGAAUCGGCUGCGCAGCAAUGGGAAUCCCAAGCACCCUUUAUAUUUGAGUCCCUGCAAGCCGUCGACGAAACCCGCGUCAACCAUCUACGAGAUGUGCUGACCCAGUACCAAACCCAUGAGACAGACCAAGCUCAGCGAGUUCAAGAAAUUGCCGCCCAGACACUUGCUGUUGUGUUGGAGAUUAAUACGGAGAAGGAAAUCAAAGAUUUUGUGGCGGGUACAGUUGCCGGCAAGCCCCUUGCUGCAACGAGGACAUCUACCCGUCGUGCCUCAAUUGCUGGACGACAGCCUUCCCUAGAACAGCCUCCUCCCAUGCCACAUUCGGACACGAUGAACUCCACGGCAUCGGCGACUAUUCCUCCUCCAACUAGGGGGUCUGUUUCACAGCAAUCGCAUCACGAUGACGACGCCAAUGAGCAGCUCCCCACAGACCAGCCCAAAGAAUCCAAGCUUCGUAGACUGGGUACCCUGUUCGGUGGUCGACGACGACAGAGUGUUCACGGUGGUUUUGGGAGCCUUUCACCUGGCAAAGGUGGCGGCAUUACAUUUGGUCGCCUUGGGAGCAGUCAUGGACGGGGUGUUUCUCCUCGCACAUCAUCGACCAACCUACACGAGUCGGGCCGUCUAGCCUCUCUAGCCGAAAGUCCUGAUACCCCUACAGCAUCCACCCAUGAAGAAUCCAUUAACGAUCGAAACCGACCCCAUGAAGCUACCAACGGCGUACACACAAAAGAUGGAACAGAAGCUUCAGGCGUGAAUGGGGCACGGUCAACUGACGUUUUUGAUGUACCUCCACCCCCAGGACCACCUCCGACUCAGCAGACUGAGAAGACUGGCGGCCUGACUAAAGAUGAAGAGGGCUUCACUGUCCGCGCGCCGAUGAACGAUCCGAUUUCUGAAGCUCAGAGAGAAGCAGCAGGCGAAGAGGCCGAUCAGCUGUUCAAGUUGAAUAUUCAGAAUAAACCCGUCGAGGAAGAAGAUCCUGAGGCCAAACAGGCGGCACUGUCAAGCGUUGCCAAUACCCUGAAAUUGGGACCAGCGACUCGUCGGACUAGCACCAUACGAGGAAGACGAGAUGUUAGAAACACUGUAUUCGUACCACCUCCUGGAGGAACUCAAACCGAGCCUUUUCUAUCCACUAUUUCCGCUUCUCCCCCAAUGCCAAGCAGUGCAUCGUUUAUGCGAUCUCCUGCCAUGAAUGCUCUGGCUUCAGAAACCAGCACUGCUGGUACUUCAGACAGUCAAUCCGUUCGUUCUGGGCAUUCCUUGGGCAGUUUGGCCCAUGCCAAGCAUCCAGAGCUUACUGGACCUGGUUUGCAAAGCUCUAUAAUUGAGACGGUCUCUGCUACUUUCGAGGAUGGCGUUGUAAAGAGUGCCAAUAUCGCUGGUGAGCUGGCUUUUGUCAAUAAUGAUGCUGAUAUUUCCUCUGAAAAGACCCACGAAACUAUUCGAAUAAAUAAUUUCCCUAAACUAGAACGUAUUGGACCAAACCGCAUCUUUGUCCAAAACGCCUCACCGGAUCAGCCAGACCAAUAUGCCCUCGAUCUUUCGCAUCUUGCAAAGACAUCUAUUGCAUUCUCAUACAAGGUCUUUUCUGACGACUCUGACCCAUCAGGCCUAGGAAAGCAUUGUCCUUUGCUACUGAAGCCAGUAUGGAAGCCUCAGGAGGACAAGUUGGGUUUAUUGCUGCAGUAUCAACUCAAUCCAAUGAGCACCUUAACCGCACCAAUCACGUUGCACAAUGCCGUCUUUGUAGCCAGAUACGAGGGCAAAGCCAUUUCUGCUCAAACCAAGCCCAGCGGAACACACCUCAAGGAUAAGCACCUAGUGUACUGGAGACUGGGCGACGUUACUCUGACCAGUGACAUGCAAAAGAUUGUCUGUCGGAUCGUGGGAGCAGAGGGCAUCUGCCCAUCACCUGGGCAUGUAGAAGCCCGGUGGGAAUACACGGCAUCGGGAGAUGCCCUGGUUGGUAGUGGCAUAUCAGUGUCACGACUUGCAGACAAGGGCAAGGGCAAAGAACUCACCGACGAUGAUCCGUUUGCUGACGCGGGAUCGGCAACCAGCCAGACAUGGCUGGAUAUUCCUGUGAUUCGGAAACUCGUCAGUGGAAAGUACGAGGGUAAGUGA